AUGGCGCGGGUCCUGCUAGUCGCCGCGGCGCUCGCCGUCGCCGUCCAGGUAUUCCUGGAGGAGGGAAUUUUGCAGGAAUGGACUCCACCUAACUGUGGAGGAUUUACAGCUCCGACUAUGCCAGGAGGUAUACCAGGAGCAGCAACUUCUACACCCGAGUAUGCCACUGAAAAACCUGCAGAAGGUGGAAGUAGAAAGAAAACGUCACGCUGCCUGAUUUUGGCAGUUAUAUACCCGCUACUCCAGGUCAGUCCAGGUAUGGAGCGUGGAUCUGCGCCCACGUGCCGAGACUGGGGCGUUGGCAGGCAUGCCAACAGCAAAGUACAUUGA